AUUAUUUAAUUCGUUAUUACGGAUUAUUCUCACACGUGAUCGAGCACGUGAUCAGGGGCCUAUUAUAGCGCCACUAGGUGGCGCUAUCUUUGCAUACAACGUUUGCUUUUAAGUUUUAACCGGCACCGUGCUGAACCCCCUCCCGUUUUUCAAGACAAACCGCUACGUGACCGUUGAAGAAGGUAUUGUUAAGAAGAAACAAAAUGGCAACUCCCAACCUUUAUGAAUUCUUGGAGUCACGAGGAGUGGGACCUGAUAUCAUAGACAGAAUGAAGACAGAAAAGAUUGAUGCAGCUGUUGUUGUUAUGAUGGAAGACACUGCAUUGGCAGACUUCAUCCCGUUACUAGGAGACCGAAUCGCAGUGCGGAGUUUCUGUACUAAACCCCCACAAGCGCCCACUGAUAAGCACCCAAGGAAACAAGCACUGUUGCAGAAACUGCGGAAAAAGUUGAGACUUAGAAGAAAUGAAGGAGAAUCUGGCAGUGAUGAAAAUGAAGAGAGUUCAUCAGGAGCUAGCUCUAGCCACAGCUGCAAGUCAUCUCUGCUGAAAGGCAACAGAAAUGCCACAAGUGACAAGAGAAAGAUAGACAUUGGCUGGCUGGACUUUGACUGUACAUCACAAACCUACAAACAAGUUCGGAAACAGAAAGGUGGGGGUACAAGACAGCUAUCUGUGCUGAAAACGACCGGGCGGGCUGAGUUAUUGGAUCUUGCUCAAGGUUUGUUUUUUAAAGAUGGAGUGUCAUCUAAAGGUGACCAGUCCAAUUAUGAAUUUGAUAUUUGCGACUUUCGGCAGAAAUCAAUGUGUGAUGAAUUCACAGUCGGCCAGCUGUAUGAAGAAUCCAAAAUGCCAAUUUUGAGGUUUUACCUAAGGACAAAAGAAAAGAUCGAACCCCUUGAAAGUGCAAAUGAAAACUCCAACCAUAACAAAAAAAAGGCAAUUAUCAUUGAGUCGUCUGACUCAGGCGAAGAGCAAGCCAUGCCCUUGCCUUUUGAGAAUGUAGGUAAUGAAGUUGAAAUUGGACAGGAAUGUUCAAGCCCAACUUCUCAAUUUGACAAUGAAGCUCCUCGCUCACCCAGUCCUCCCCCAGACACUCCUACAAUCACAUUUGGACCAACACAUACCCCAGAUACUCAGAAUCAGCUAGAUGAUACUAUCCCCUUGCCACAAACAGAGGUUCUUCUGAUCAGAAGGGGAGCAGUUGUGCGAGACAUGAUCAACUCAUUUUCGAAUCCUGGUAUUAUGGAUGCAAACAUUUCUGUGCAUAUGAUACUUCCUAGUGGGCAGAUGGAGGCGGGCCUGGGUAGUGGGGUUUACAAGGAUGCAGUCACUCAAUUCUGGCAGGAAUUUUACGAAGAGAUGACCACCGGGGACACUUACAAAGUACCUGUGAUUAGGCAUGACUUUGGGGAGAGAGAGUGGGAAGCUGUUGCAAGAAUACUUGUUAAGGGAUGGGUUGAUCUUAGGUAUUUUCCCAUUUCACUGUCCCCAGUAUUCAUGGAAACAGCACUGUUUGGAUCUAGUCAUGCUGACACAAAAUCAGCAUUCCUGCAGUACAUUCCUGAGAGUGAGAGAAACAUCUUGGAAGCUGCACUGCAGGAAUUCCCCUCUGACAAUGAGGAACUUGUUGAAAUAUUGGGGGAAUAUGACUGCAAGAAAUUGCCAUCAGAAACCAACCUUUCCCACAUCAUUUCUGAAAUGGGGCACAAAGAGAUCAUUCAGAAGCCAAGAUUCAUAGCUGAUUGCAUGCAGCCAGUGCUGAAAUCACUUCAUGGUAGCCUGACCAAAUCUGAAUUUCUCAAUCUCUAUGAGGAAAUGCAGCCUUCACCCAAGAAGGUUAUUGCUAUGUUGCAGUUUCCUCCAGAAUGUACAGCAAAUGAACAAACUGUUGGAACAUAUCUCAAGAGAUAUGUGAGAUCCCUUAACGAGCACAUGCUGAAGAGAUUUUUGCGGUUUUGUACAGGGUCCGAUGUCCUUUCAGUGAAUGUCAUCAACGUGAUAUUUACUCAGCUGACCGGUUUUGAAAGAAGGCCAAUUGGUCAUACAUGCGGAAAUGUGUUGGAGGUGCCCUCAACAUACAAAAGUUUUGUUGAUUUGCGACAUGAAUUUAAUGAAAUCUUACAAAGUGGAGUGUGGGUGAUGGAUGUUAUCUAGAUUGCCAAGCUUACCUAUCAAGGACGUUACAAGAAAGAUGGCAUUUUUUUACUUGUUUAUUUUUAUACAGCAUUUAAAUAAUAUAUAUUUGUCAUGUAGACUGUAUGUUGAUAAAGAGACUACUAUUUUUCACACAGUGUUCAAGUUUGUGCAUGCUUGUAAUAGUUGCUUAUUGUUCAUGUUACAUGUAUAACCUAAAAUGUAUAAAGGGCUGAUUUAAUUUGCACCCAUAGGAAGUUUCAUAUUUCCUUCUUUGUUUCUGUUGCACACACAAAAGCAAUGAUCUCAGAUGAACAGCUCAGUUAAGGAGCAGUCUUAUUUUGAAUGCAUGGGUGGGAAAAACCGAACACGUGUGAGCAUGAUUACAAAUAAGUGAUAAAUGGAUUGAAUUUCAUCUUGACAAUCUGAAAUUCUUACCAUUACAAAUCUGUGAUUUAAAAAAUGUCUUUCAAUUGGACGAUCUCAAAAUUCCCACAAAUGGAAAUGUCUUCUUUUAAAGACUUUCUUUUUGCCAUUAACCUGUAUCUACCUACUGGUGCUUUGUUAACUACAUGCAUCACAUACAAUUAGGAAAGGGAGACCACCCUCUUUCUAGCCCCAAAUAGUGAUUUUCGUUUUUGGAAAAUGUCUUAAUGACUCUAAUUGUAUGCUAAUCAACAGAUAACCAGAUAACUAUUGGCAUUCAAACUAUUUAGGUCCAUGUGAAAAGAGGAAAGUAUGUAAGCCUAUAUGUGCUAUUGAUAAUCUUUGUUUUUCCAAAUUUGUGUGGUGUUAAUUAAAAAAAGUGUUACUACAUGUUUUUUAUAUAUAUAUAAAAGCAAACAUACUUAUUUCCACUUAAUUUGAUUUUAAAAUUUUACGGCAUGAUUAGCAAAGUUUGGAUGACCAAAUCUGUGUUUUUUUGUAAAUCACACUUUUAAUCAUCACAUUAGCUCAACCAAGGGUGUGCCUAUUUAUGUUUUUGUCAUCGAACAAACUUGUUUGUAAAAAAAUAGGCAAUAUUAAAGGUUUGCAUUUCAAUCUAAAAUUACAAUAAGCUCCAUAUCUUACAUAGACAAUGUUGGUUUUACAAGAGACCUUUCAGCCCAAUUUAUGACUUUGUAACGUAAAUGGUGUGGUAUAAUUUAAUGCCAAACUUUUUGAAGUACCAUUCAUUACAAUCAGGUUGCAUAAGUUUAAACCAUCUUUUAUAGGAGAUUCACAAAAGGGCAGUGUAAUUAAAUUCUCCAAGACUUUUGUAUACAAAUCAUGAUUCAUAAUUGGUGCAGUAAUGUGCAAAUGAUGUACAAUGAUGUGUUCAAAUCUCGUUUAUUUCUCCAUCAUAAACAAAAUGCAGAAAUAUAAUUAGAUAAUCUCCAAGAUGUUUACUCAAUUUUUAAGGAUUAAAAGGAAAAUUGCCAAAAAAAAACUUUCAUAAAAUUGAGCUUGAAUUGGAUUAUUAUAACUGUUGACAAAUAUUAUGCAUAAAAAAUGAAACACUUAAAUACAACAAGAUUAAAAUCAUAGUUCUUAUUAAUAACAGCUGCCAAUUUGUUGGACAACCUCAUAGCUGGUACACUUUAAAAAUGACCCUUGUUGAUUUAGUACGAAAUGAAACGGACUUUGAAAGUAAGAUUGCUCACAUUUUUAGUUUAAUGGCCCAUGUAUUAUGAUUAAAAAUUAUUUUUUAUCUGCAUGUCAAAUUACAUGUAUGUUGAUCAAAAUCCUGAGAAUUGUGUUAAAUUUUCCAGUUAUACCUCCUAAUGUUUCAAAGUGUUGCAUGUUAACAAUAAAGAGCGUUAUCUUGAGUA